AAACCCAUGACAACUCUCCAUCCAUAGAGAGUUCUACGGAAUCAGAAUGAGGGUUUUAAUUGUCAUCACCACUCUCGUGGCUCUGGCCAGUGCAGUCAGCAUCUCUCUGGAAGACCUGGAGUUUCAUUCCUGGAAACUGAAGUUUGGUAAGAUCUAUAAGUCUGUAGAGGAGGAGUCUCAGCGUAAGAUGACUUGGCUGGAAAAUCGCAAAGUGGUCCUGGUACACAACAUGCUGGCCGACCAGGGCAUUAAGGGCUAUAGACUCGGCAUGACUUACUUUGCAGACAUGAGUAACCAGGAGUACAGACAGUCUGUGUUUAAGGGCUGCCUGGGAUCAUUCAACAGGACCAAGAAACACAGUGCAGCUACGUUCCUCCUACAGGCAGGAGGAGCUGUUCUGCCAGAUACUGUGGACUGGAGGGAAAAGGGCUACGUGACUGAGGUUAAGGACCAGAAGGAUUGUGGCUCUUGCUGGGCCUUCAGUGCGACAGGGUCACUGGAAGGUCAGACGUUUAGGAAGACAGGGAAGCUGGUGUCACUGAGUGAACAGCAAUUAGUGGACUGCUCCGGGCAAUACGGAAACAUGGGAUGCGGAGGUGGCUUAAUGGAUCAAGCCUUUGAAUACAUUAAGGACAACAAGGGAAUUGACACAGAGGAGUCCUACCCUUAUGAAGCCACUGAUGGAGACUGUAGGUUUAAACCAGCCACUGUGGGAGCCACCUGCACUGGCUAUGUGGAUAUAAACAGUGAAGAUGAGAAUGCUCUACAGGAAGCCGUGGCAACAAUUGGGCCCAUUUCUGUCGCCAUAGACGCAGGCCACCAGUCUUUCCAGCUCUAUAAAUCUGGAAUCUACAAUGAGCCUAAGUGUAGCAGCAUGGACCUGGAUCAUGGUGUCCUGGCUGUUGGUUAUGGCAAGGAUAAUGGACAAGACUACUGGCUGGUCAAGAACAGCUGGGGUCUCGAUUGGGGUGAUAAUGGCUAUAUCAAGAUGUCCAGGAACAAGAAUAACCAGUGUGGUAUUGCCACAGCAGCCAGCUAUCCUCUAUUUGGGGAAGACCCAUAUACGGGUGUGAUUGUCAGUUAUCCACAAAUUUCUGGCCAUAUAGUUGGCAUACCGAGUCAGGAAAUCCACAACAGGUCUGCAUCUGUAGAUGAAUCCAACGUUCAAGAAACACACGGAUUGAGAAUGAGGGUUUUGCUUGUCGUCACCACUCUUGUGGCUCUGGCCAGUGCAGCCAGAGUCUCUCUGGAAGACCUGGAGUUCAUUGCCUGGAAAUUGAAGUUUGGUAAGAUCUAUAAGUCUGUAGAGGAGGAGUCUCAGCAUAAGAUGACUUUGCUGGAAAAUCGCAAACUGGUCCUGGUACACAACAUGCUGGCUGACCAGGGAAUUAAGAGCUACAGACUCGGCAUGACCUCCUUUGCAGACAUGGAUAACCAGGACUACAGACAGUCUGUGUUUAAGGGCUACCUGAGAUCCUUCAACAGGAUCAAAAGACACAGUGCAGCUACAUUCCUCCGGCAAGCAGGGGGAGCUGUUCUGCCAGAUACUGUGGACUGGAGGGAAAAGGGCUAUGUGACUGAGGUUAAGAAUGGUUGGAGCUGGGCCGUCAGUGCGACAGGGUCACUGGAAGGCCAGACAUUUAAUAAGACGAGGAAACUGGUGUCGCUGAGUGGGCAACAGUUAGCGGACUGCAUGUGGUCAAUGUGGAAAAUUUAUUGCCCGGGUUUUAGUGUGCCUGAAGUCUUUGAAUACAUUAAGAACAACAAUGGAAUUGACACAGAGAAGUCCUACCCUUAUGAAGCCACUUGUGGGGAUUGCAGGUUUAAUCCAGCCACUGUGGGAGCCACCUGCACUGGCUAUGUGAAUAUAAAAAGUGGAGAUGAGAAAGCUCUACAGGAAGCUGUGGCCACCAUCGGACCCAUUUCUGUUGCCAUAGAUGCAGGCCACAUGUCCUUCCAGUUCUAUGAAUCUGGUAUCUAUGAUGAGCCUGACUGUAGCAGCACUGAGAUGAAUCAUGCUGUCCUGGUUGUUGGUUAUGGCACGGAAGAUGGACGAGACUACUGGCUGGUCAAGAACAGUUGGGGUCUUGUCUGGGGUGACGAAGGCUAUAUCAAGAUGUCAAGGAACAAGAAUAACCAGUGUGGUAUUGCCACAUAUGCAGUCUAUCCUCUGGUUUAAAGGUGGAUGAAAAGCAACUCCGUGUCUAACUCAACUAUCCACAAACAUAACUUAAUUUUCACCAUGUGAUAUAUUUCUGUGAUAUGAUGCAUAUAGUCUCAAGGCUGUUAUGAUAAAAAAAAAAAUAAAUAAAAAAAUAAAAAAACAGAAAAGACUAUAAAACAGCUUUCUUCACUAAACAUUAUUUUUGCAGGAAGAUGGCCAAAAGUAUGUGGACACUUGACCAAUCAUGUAUGUGCUUGUUGAAGAUUCCAUUCCAGAUUUACUCCAUUCUUUGCCAUUAUAAUAACGUACACUUUUCUGGGAAGGCUUUCUAUUAGAUUUUGGAGGGUGGCUGUGGGGAUUUGUGUUCAUUUAACCCAAAGAGCAUUAGAGAGGUCAGGAACUGAUAUUGAGUGAACAUCCCUGGGGUGCAGUCAGUGUUUCAGUUCAUCCCAAAGGUGUUCAGUGGGGUGGAGGUAAGGACUCGGUGCAGGCCAUUCGAUUUCUUCCACUCCACCCUUGGCGCACCAUGUCCUUAUGGAGCUCUCUUUGUGCACGGGGCAUUGUCAUGCCGGAACAGGUUUGGGCCUCUUAGUUCUAGUGAAGGGAAAUUGUAAUGGUACAGCAUAUAAAACCAUUCUUGACAAUUGUGUGCUUCCAACUUUGUGGCAACAGUUUAGGGAAGGCAUGUGGCUGGUGUACAAAUACUUUUGGUCAUAUAGUGUAUAAAAUGGCAUUAUUGAUACUGGAACUGUAUAGAUGUCUAUUAAGUUUGCCUGUUUUAGUUCAGCUUUCCUUUUUGUGGUCCCUGUGCAUUUUCUCUUCCUUUCUAAAUUAACUCAUUCACUGACAUAUUCCUUGCCAAACAGACUUGGCAUUCAGUGGCCUGAUAGGUUUACAUCUUGGAAAUUAUCAGUAAAAAUAGGAAAGGAGGAUGUCAGUAUAGUCUUUUCAGCCCUGGGAAACAUAAAUAUAUAUAUUUGUUUUCCCCACUUUUGUGAGAUUUUGUUUUGUAUUAUAUUGGUUUAUGUCUAAAAUGACUAAGUUUGCUUCCACUGUAACUGCUGAACCAUAUGCUCUUUAAGAUUAAAAUUGUUCAUUAUCUUAAAUAUAUCUGUCAGAGUUUGCUGUCACUUUGAUCAAGUUUUGUUAUUUUUCCUGUCUGUUGAUUUUAUUUUACAAUUAGUCUUUAUUAUGCUACUUCUCAGUACCCAAGGAUGGUGUCAGUAUAGUAUAGUCAACUCUGGGAAACAUUAAUAUCAUAUAUAUAUAUAUAUAUAUUUGUAU